AUGUGUACAACCAGCAAGGUUCUGGAAUACGAGCGGGAGUACAUGUGUGCAAAGUGUCAUCAUGUUUUCACACUGCUAGCUGAUUUUGACCAGUUCUAUACCUUUGUCCAACCGGUAGCCUGUCCUAAUCCUGACGGCUGUAACUCGUACAAAUUCAGCUGUCUGUCUGUAGGCUCUGAGCCUGCUUCCUGCAAGGAUUACCAGGAAAUCAAGAUACAAGAGCAAGUACAGAGGCUGUCACUGGGCAGUAUUCCUCGUUCUAUGGUGGUGGUUCUGGAGGAUGACCUGGUUGACAGUUGUAAAUCAGGAGAUGAUGUGACUGUCUAUGGGGUGAUGUGCCAGCGCUGGAAGCCCUUUUAUGAUGGCGCUCGCUGUGAUGUUGAAAUGGUCCUCAAGGCUAACAACAUAGAAGUGAAUAACCAGCAGGUUUCUGCUGCUCUGGUCAUGAAGGACGUUCAGAAAGAAAUUGAGGAGUUCUGGAAUAGCUGCAAACAUGAUCCCAUAGCUGGUCGGAACCAGAUCUUGUUGAGCCUGUGCCCACAGGUAUUUGGCAUGUAUUUGAUUAAACUGGCGGUAGCCAUGGUGUUGGCUGGCGGUGUGCAGAGAACGGAUUCUUCUGGGACUAAGAUCAGGGGCGAGUGCCAUAUGUUGCUGGUUGGUGACCCUGGCACAGGAAAGUCUCAGUUUCUGAAGUAUGCAGCUAAGAUCAUGCCUCGCUCUGUACUCACAGCCGGAAUCGGAUCAACAAGUGCAGGACUGACAGUAGCAGCUGUGAAAGACGGAGGUGAUUGGCAUCUGGAGGCAGGAGCCCUGGUCCUCUCAGAUGGUGGUUUGUGCUGCAUUGAUGAAUUCAACAGCAUCAAGGAACAUGACCGUAUCAGCAUCCAUGAAGCUAUGGAGCAACAAUCUAUAAGUGUGGCCAAAGCUGGUAUGGUGUGUAAGCUGAACACUCGGACCACCAUCUUAGCAGCCACUAAUCCUAAAGGACAGUAUGAUCCCAACGAGCCAUUGUCUGUGAAUGUAGCUCUGGCUAGCCCUUUGCUGAGUCGUUUUGACCUUGUUCUAGUUCUACUGGACACCAGAAAUGCAGAAUGGGACCGUAUCAUCUCCUCUUUUAUUCUGGAGGACAGAGGACUGUCUGCUGAGUCUUCCAGCCUAUGGUCCAUGGAGAAAAUGAAGGCUUAUUUCAGUACGAUUAAACACUUGCAACCGCAGGUGUCCGAGGAGGCAAACAGCAUCUUGACACGUUACUACCAGCUGCAGAGACAGAGUGAUGGCCGCAAUGCUGCCCGCACCACCAUUCGCAUGUUGGAGAGUCUGAGCAGACUGGCUGAAGCACAACCAGCGCCGCUCUCCUUCAGCAUUCCUCCCCCCAUCCCUGGCCUGAAAGCCUGUGGUCCAAACCGUAGCUUUAAAAAUAUUGUUUCAGGCUCCAUUAGUGGUGGCUCUCCAGGAUGGAUCCCUGGCCAUGAAUCAGCCUGGCACACCAACACCCCUGGCCCAGGGAACAGUAUCUUUGGUGGCCGCCGACACAGCACAGUGUCUGACAGUGGUGACACUGGCAUAGGCACUUACUGCUCUGACAGCUUGGAAGAUGACUCCAGUUCAAGUACCACACCUUUGUCUUUCCAGCCUCAGGCCCAGCAUCACUUGCACCAGGACGAUGAUGAUGGCAUCCCUAUUGUCCAUGUCAUGCCGUCCCCAUCCUCGUCACCCUGCAGCAGUUUUAGAAUAACACCUUCACCCAGCAGCACAAAUCACUUGAGCGGGUCUUGCCAGCUGUUUAUGCCAGCUAUGUCUCCCUUGGGUGCACCAUGCUGUCUGGAUAUGAAAGACCACCAGCCCAUCCGGAGGUGGUCCUCUCUCACUAAGUUGUCAUCUGGGGCUGAUAAGAGCUGCUCUAGGACAUCAGGCAAUCAGUACAACCCAGGCUCACAAGGCUCUCUGGACAGGGGUCUGCGGUAUGGGUACAGAAAGGAGCCCCUUGGUUCAACUGUGGACCUUUAUCUGCCUUUAUCUACGUCUUUGCUCUGCCAUAGCUUGCUGCAGCGCUCACCAGGUAGUGGCCCCUACUACCGGUACCACAGCAAUAGAGCCACUGGUUUAGACACAGACCUAUCCCUUUCCUCAGCCCUGUCCUCACCGGUAAAACACAACAGUUUGGACAUGAACUAUGGUGCUUUAUCGGAUGCAAAACUGGCUCGCGGAGGUGGACAGGUUUAUGGCCUCAGCUUACCCAAACAAGCAGAGUCACCACUGGGUCAUCAGACUGAUAGAGGCUCCCCAAUUCAGACUGCAUUUCGUACCCAGAUGUGGCUGACUGAGCAAAUGGAGUACAGGCCCAAAGUACAGUGCAGAGGUAAAUCUAGUCAGAUCAACACUGGAACAGAGGGCUGCGGUGCAGAUGGGUUGUCACCAUGGCAGCAGGGACAUCAGCAGGAACCAGGGCUUAACCAGAUGCUGAUGGGGACCACCCUUCCUGUCAACACUCUGGUGAAGGUUAAGGAGGGGCUGCUGAGACAGAGAGAGUUGGAGAUAGAUAGACAAAAGCAGCAGAUCUUGCAGCUUCAUGCCCGGAUCCGAGAGAAUGAGCUCAGAGCACAGCAGGUCCUGCAGAACCAGAGAGGGUGGUUUGACGACGUUCUAAAUACCAAGGAGUCAGCGAUGAGAGUGCCAUGCAAACAACCAUCUGAUGAAGAACUUGGUAGGAAGCUAUCAGUGGUUGAACUGGAAGUACUCCAUUUGAAUGAGUUCUUCCAGCAAGUCACACAAAAAUAUACAGAAGACAUCAGAAAACUGGAGGAAAAGAUAAAGACAAGAGAUCGCUACAUCAGUAGUUUGAAAAAGAAAUGUCAGAGAGAGAGUGAACAGAACCAAGAAAAACAGCAACGCAUAGAGACGCUUGAGAAAUACCUUUCUGACCUGCCAACGCUGGAUGAGGUGCAGGCACAGUCCCAGAAGCAGGAAGAGUUACAACAGAAGGCCAAGGAUCUGGAGAAAACAAUGUCUCGGUUACAGAAGAGCCUGGAGGAAGGAUGUGCUCUGGUGAAGGAGAAAAACAUCAAGAUUGAGAUGCAGGCAAAGAGAGAGACAGAGUUGAUUGCAUCUGUACACAGCCUGCAGAAAAAGGUGCAGCAAUGUUUGGACGAUGGGGUGAGGUUGCCAAUGCAGGACCUGAAGCGGCUUGAGGUGGAAAACACUCAACUUCUAGAACAGCAAGACCACAGCAGCAUGCUGAUUGAGCAUCAAAAAGAACAGAUUGAGAGACUGACCUCGCAACUGACGCAUUGAGUGUUUCAGCGGAGGAGAGUGACUGCAGAGAGGAGGUAGAAGACGAGUUGAGAUUCAAACUGCUAGAGGUCAGCCAGCUGAGGAGAGACAUCGAUGGGCUGAGGAAAACCAUCUCAGACUGCUAUGCUCAGUAUAUGGGUGAUCUGUUUCCCCCAGUGACGGCACUAAACUAACCCCAAUGUGUACUUUAAUUCUUUUACUUCUCAAUACUUCAUAGUCCACAUAAUUAUAUUAAAUUUAAGAAUUAUAAGGUCUAUAACAAUGCUGGCUUUCUCUAGAGAAGUGUUUUGUGUCACUCUCAUGGUGUGAUUUGUACAUCAUGACGGAUGAUGUUAAUGCGUCAUGUCGACUAGUGUUGUUGAGCCUUCCCACUUAAAGCGUAGAUGGCCUUCACAUUUGUUGUGGAGUCAAUUGGACUGCACCAAAGCUCACCUAAAAGGUGCAUAUCAGACUUCUGCACUCUACACUAAACUUUUAUAAAUUAAUAAUGUUGGGACACCCUGGUAACUAAGUUAUUUGAUAUUAUUUUGCAUCUUUCCAUCUCCAUUUUCCAUCUUUACUGAGCAACAGUUUUGUGCAAAAGUAAUUAAACACCUGUCCUAUAUAGAUGCUUGUCCCAAAUACAGACAGUUUAAAUCCAGUGAUUGAAGCAAAUAAAAGCCUG